AGCGCGCACUUGGAACCACGGUAAAACGCUCAAAACCAAAAACCACUUGGAGUACAAUCCAAACAGCAGGCGACGACGAGGAGUAGCGGUGGCAAAACAUUUUCGAACAUCGUAGCUGGUAGUAACGGCAAACGCUAGCGCACCGAGUUGACGCGAUUGUUAAGCGCGCGAGUGUACGCAACUUCAGUACUAUUUGGCAUUCGCUUGCGUUGAGUUCGUUUCUUCGUUUCUGUGGUGACGUUGCGCUCUAGAGUGUGAGUAAAGAAACAAAUAAAUAUUGAAAAGUUUUAAGAAGAAAAACGUAGAAAAUUCGCACAUAACGCCGCGCGUUGCGUACAAACGAAUUUAUUUUUAUUUUUUAUAAAUAAAAUAAAAGAAAAAUAAAUAAAAAUAUUCCUAAAAAAAAAGUGUACAAAGUGCGCGUUGAAGCAAAUGGAAAUUCACUGAAAAUACUGCAACUUUUUGCUAAAGCACACACAAAAAACACGAAAAGUGUGUCGCCGCCCCGACUUUUUGACAAUUUUCGUGCGCUGUCAAAACGCUUAUUGGCAUUCGAACGCGUGUGCGUGUGUGUUAACGAGCGCCUAACCAGCAGCCAGCGAGUUUUAGCAAGUGUGUCAGCCGGAAAAUAUCCAGAUAUCGCAGGUGCACGUGCAAUAAAUGCAUAUUUCCUUGCUACAACCCGAAACGCAGCUGUAAAUUAACAAAAUUACUUUUGUAAUCCCAAAUUGGUUUAAUUUGCCGGCAAACAGCUUUUCGAGUCAUAAAAACCGAUAACACAACCGAAAACAAAGGUAAAAACUUGCAGUAAAAAUUACUAGUGUGAAAAGUGUUUAAAAAGUAGCAACGCAACAACAACAAAAGUGAUUGAAAGCUGACGGCAGCUGACAGCAAAGUGUGGCUGCUAAACUCAAAUUGCUAAAUAAUAAAUAAAGCAAUUUUUUUUUAAACACAAAUAAGUGUUUGCGGUGAAUAAGAACACACGCGCUGCGAAAUUAAUUGGGAGUAAAAAUUUACUAUAACAAAACUAUAACAAACAACAACAAAUUGCCGUUUUCCUGCUUGUAAAAAAUGUAAACGCCACACAUUUUUUGGCAAAUUUUUGUGUUGUGCGCUUAUUUUUGACGAUAUUUGAAAAGAGUGAAACCGGUCAGUGCGGCUAAAAAUAAAUCAGCACACACGCACUCAAAUAUAUAAGUAGACACUACAGCAUACACGCUAAACGUGCGCAGCGAAGUUAAAGGGACGCAGCAACAACUUUACAAUUAUGGGGCAACACAAACAACAGCAACAACAGCGGUGGCGCGUAUGCGGUUUGCAUGCGUUUGCAGUUUUAUACCUCUGCUCUGCAUUAAUAGAUCUCACACUAGCUGAAAUCGAACCAAAAUUAGAGAUUUUCCCCAUGCAAGGCGUGCAACGCAAACCAGUUGGCAAAUCACUGAUUUUAACCUGCAAACCCAUAGUGCCCGAUCCGAAUUUGGUAUCCGAUCUGCAAUGGAAGGACAAUUUGAACAAUACUAUACUGCCGAAACCGAACAAAUACUAUUAUCCACUGUAUGAUUCCAAAGGACGUAGAUUACCCGCUGUCACUGGCCGCAAUCAGCCACCGAUGUAUACGGAAACUUUGUCGGAAAGUUUGGCGCUGAUGAUCACCUCGCUGUCGGUCGAAAUGGAAGGCAAAUAUUAUUGCACCGCCUCCUAUGCAAAUACGGAAUUAAUGAAUACGAGCGUUAUAAUUAAAACUUAUGUCGCCAUAACAUGGACAAAUGCUCCGGAGAAUCAAUACCCUAUACUCGGUGAGGACUACACUGUCAAGUGUGAAGUGAAGGCCGAUCCCAAUCCAACCAUAGACUGGCUGCGCAACGGUGAUCCGAUUCGUACCGGUGAUAAAUACGUUGUAGAAGCGCACGGUUUGCUCAUACGCAAUGUACAAGAAUCCGAUGAUGGUAUUUACACUUGCCGUGCGGCUGUAAUUGAAACUGGUGAACUGCUUGAACGUACCAUACGCGUUGAAGUUUACAUACGUCCGGUUAUUACGCACUUACCAGCCACACUCGAGGCCGUUGAAGGUAAACCUUUUGCCGCGAAUUGUACCGCCACUGGCAAACCAGUACCAGAGAUUUCUUGGAUAAAGGACGCCGCUCAACAGAAUGUCGCCACGGCCGAUCGCUUCCAAGUGAACCCCCAAACUGGCCUACUCACCAUUAAUUCAGUUUCACAAGACGAUUAUGGCACCUACACGUGCAUAGCCAAGAACGAUGCCGGCGUGGUAGAUAAGAAAACCAAAUUGAAUGUACUGGUGCGUCCACAAAUUUACGAGUUCUACAAUGUGACUGGUGUGAGUAAGAAAGAAAUUGCUAUCACUUGCCGUUCCAAGGGACGUCCCGCACCCGCUGUCACCUUCAGACGCUGGGGAACUGAGGAAGAAUACGCACCAGGUUUGCAAGCCGAUGAUGAACGCAUCUCUUUAGAGCAACAUUUUGAUGAGGAGCGCGGCGAAAGCACAGGAACGCUACGCAUUACAAGUACUACACGUAACGACGAUGGACUUUACCAAUGUAUUGCGCACAAUAAGGGUGACACCGCUUACAAAACCGGACAUAUAACUGUUGAAUUUGCACCCGACUUUUCGCACAUGAAGGAUCUGCCACCAGUCUUUAGCUGGGAAGAACGUAAAGCCAAUCUCAGUUGUCUGGCACAAGGCAUACCAAAUGCAACAAUCGAAUGGCGUUGGAAUGGACGCCCACUUAAGGAUGCUUACGAUAAGAAUCUUGUCAUUGUCGGUACCGGGCCACGUAGCGAUUUGAUUGUGCAUCCUGUAGCACGCCAAUACUAUUCUGUUUACAAAUGCAUUGCCACUAAUGUACAUGGUAGCGCCGAGCAUGAUAUGCAAUUGAAAGAGGCGCGUGUGCCCGACCUAGUUGCCGCCGCGAUACCACGUCAACUCACCGCAACAACAAUCACCUUUGAUAUACGCGGACCAGCAACGGAACUAGGUUUACCCAUCACCGCCUAUAGCGUACAAUACAAAGAGGCUAUUAACCCAGAUUGGUCGACGGCACUGAAUCGUACCUGGUCACCAGAUUCGCCCUACAUCGUGGAAGGACUGAAGCCACAGACAGCUUAUCAAUUUCGCUUUGCGGCACGCAAUCAAGUCGGUUUGGGUAUGUGGGGCGUAAACCAACAGCAAUCGACACCCAGACGUUCAGCGCCCGAGGAACCCAAGCCACUGCAUUCGCCGGUGCAAAAUGACAAGGAAGAACCCGUUGUAGUGUCGCCGUACUCCGACCACUUUGAGCUGAGAUGGAGCGUGCCAGCUGACAAUGGUGAACCCAUCGAUUUCUAUCAAAUCAAAUACUGCCCAGGCGUAAAAAUGGCCGGCACUUGGCAUGAACUGGAAAACCAAUGCGUCUCGCAGGAUGUCGUCGAGACCACAUCGUACGAGAUGUCGCGUCUAAGUGGCAACACCUACUAUCGCAUCGAAUUGCGUGCGCACAAUGUGAUCGGUUUCUCAUCACCAGCAUCGAUUGUUAUGAAGACGACACGAGAUAAUCCCUAUAAUGGUGCGGCGACCAGCAUCCGUGGCACAAAGACUUACGCACAAAAGUGGCAACAUUGCAUACUCCUAAUAGCGCUGGCGACUAUUGCAACGUACGCGUGGCCACAACAACAACAGCUGCUGAAAAUUGGCAACAUGCCGCGGACCACAGUGACGGUGAAUUAGAUUAGCACCGCCGUUUACUAAGCUGGGCAAGCGCUUAGCUGCCCAGAAAUGGAGUAGAUGCAGUAAUGUAGUAGUAGAAAUUUAAAUAAAGCAACUUGUAAAUAAAAGUAGAUAAACGCGUACAUACUUAAAUAUACCACUUAUGUAUGUAAACCGAAAUGAAAAACCGUACACUUCCAUAUAAGACUUGUGUGUAUGUUGCUUCAAUCUGUAUACCAUUUUACUGUACAAAAGAUACCAAACGAAAAAAAUAGCAAAAGCCAAAUGAAAUAUUAGACAGCUUUUAUAUUAUAAUUGGUAUUUGUGCAAUGAAUAUAAAAACAUAAAAAAUUAAAUAUUUUAACAAUGUGUGCUUCUACUGUUACCUUUUAGCAAAUAUUUUGCGUUGUUAAAAUAAAUAGGUAAAAAAUAUUGUACAAACUAACAACAAUUUAAUAAGGCAAUAUGAGCUUCACUUGUAUAUACAUACAUAAUAUAUUAUAUAAUAUACUAGUAAAUUUGUUCUUCAUAUAGCGUAAAAUUUUAAAUAAACCUUGUUAUACGCUGGUUAUUUACUUAAACACUAUCUUGUUAUUAAUUAAUUUUAAUCUAUGUAUGCCUUCAGCUCUAAACCGCGCGCAUUUAUUUACUGAAAGCAGACGGCAAUUUUAAAAAUAUAAUAUAACAAAUCCGUAUUCACUCAAAGUAAACCAAGCAACAGUUUUUAUGUACAUACAUACUAUACAUACAUAUAUAUAUACUACAUGUAACUCUAAAAUA